UUUAUCAAUACAAAUAUCAACUCCUCCAACGGAAACACAGGUAACAUAAUCUUAAUUAAAAAAGAUUAGGGCUAUUUAUUUUUUUAUAUCUUUCUUUCUUUAUCACACACACACACACACACAAAAAGAUGUCGUUUCUAACUAUCCCGUUCAACCGUUUAAAAAAUACUUCUGAUUCUUAUGAAACUACUGAAAUGACACAAAUUGUGAAUCUUGAUUCUUUCAUGGCACUAAUGGAUGGUCGAAAAAUAUUAGACAAUCACGAGGAAGACGACGACACGACGAGCAUUAGUACAGACAACACAGACUACAUGAACGAACAACCAUCGUCACCCACAGGUGUAAAAUAUGACUAUCAUGAAGAAGACGAAGACGACGACCUUCUACCUGGAGACGAGGCAGAACAAAGUCUAGUGAGAAACGACAUAGAAGGUGGCAACAUAAAAAAAAAAGGUGGUAAGAAAUGGAUAUGCAUGGCUUUUCUCUUUCUUAUCUUGUUAUUUUGGCUGGUAUGGACCAUUGGUCUAAGUCAAAUGGGACCAGUGGGCGAUGAACCUGAAUUAUUGAGCCACUUUGAUUUACCAGAUCUCUACAACUCUUCUUUUGCACCAAAACGUCCAACCUUAGUAUGGGUGACAAACGGUACCUUUUUUUUUUUCUAUUUUCUAAUUAGUUGUUGCCAUGACUAUGGAUCUAAUAUUUAAAGCAGACGCUCGCGAUGGCAUUUUCACCUAUAGAGAUCCCGAUACAAAUGACAUUUUACUAGAGUCUAUCGAAACUGGAGAGACAGAGAUUUUUGUUCAAGCGAGCGAUCUUGUAGAGUAUACAUACAAUGUUCAGGGGAAAUGUAUUAACAACAUCUCUUUUUCAUGUAUAGAAUACAGGCCAAGGACUAUUAGAGGUUAAUUCCUUUGAGAUAUCAAAGGAUGGCCAAUACCUGUUAAUAAAGACCAAUGUUACAAGCCAAUGGAGAUACUCCUCGCAUUCCAAUGUUUAUGUAUAUAAUAUGGAGGACAAAUCACUAUUCCCAUUAAACAACCUAUCUACCAUUGGCAGAACACCUUUAAUCUC